AUGACGAUGAAAAACGAUGUUUCAUCGGCGGAACGACCAUCGUCGAAAAAAACGAAUAAAUCGAAGUGUUUCAUAGUGAAAUAUAUCACGGUGUUGAGUUGGUUACCGAAAUAUUCGCAGUUCGACGGUGUUUCGGAUCUGGUUGCUGGUAUCAGCCUGGGACUUACUGUCAUCCCCCAGAGUAUAGCGUACGCUGCCCUCGCGAGACUGACCGCUCAGUAUGGUCUUUAUUCGUGUUUCGUGGGCGCCUUCGUAUACCCGAUUCUCGGGACAAUUAAAGAGGUGUCGAUCGGACCUUCGUCCCUAAUGUCGCUUCUGACACUGGAGUAUACAAGAAACAUGCCAGUGGACUUCAUCGUGCUGUUCUGCUUCCUGGCCGGAUGCGUGGAGUUACUGAUGGGCUUGUUUCGUUUAGGUUUCCUGGUAGAUUUUAUAUCAAUACCAGUUACAUCAGGUUUCACCUCAGCAACAUCGAUCAUUAUAAUCGCGACCCAAUUACAAGGACUGUUAGGACUUAAAUUCAAAGCGGACAGCGUUGUCGAUAACCUGGUGAAGAUAUCAAAAAAUAUUCAAAACGUUCGAUUGCCCGACUUCGCUCUCGGACUGUCUAGCAUAGCCUUCCUCCUGUUUUUCAGAAAACUGAAAGAUUUCAACUGCUGCGUCGGUAAAGACGAUUCCGGUCAGCAAGGUAGAACCGUGCUUAUGAAAAAAGUCUUAUGGUUCCUUUCCAUUUGUCGCAAUGCUCUGGUGAUACUGAUCGCAUCGACAAUAGCUUUCUGCUUAGAGAAGAGAGGUGGUUCCCCGUUCAUUCUUUCAGGGAAAAUCGUGUCGGGACUUCCCACGAUGGCCCUGCCGCCAUUCUCAUCCCAGGUGGGAAACCAAACGUACACUUUCGUCGACAUGUGUUACCAAUAUGGGACUGGAUUGAUCGUGCUGCCACUUGUGUCGGUGCUCGCGAAUGUAUCCAUUGCCAAAGCAUACGCGAGUGGCAGCACCGUAAAUGCGACCCAAGAGAUGCUGACGUUGGGUCUGUGCAACAUAAUUGGCAGCUUCUUCUCAUCGAUGCCAACUGCCGGAGCGUUCACCAGGAGCGCUGUGGUCAGUGCCAGCGGUGUACGAACGCCCCUGGCCGGUUUAUAUGUCGGAAUUAUGUCGCUGUUAGCGCUGAGCUUUUUAACGCCUUACUUUUAUUACAUUCCACGGGCGACGCUCGCGGCGGUGCUGAUAAGCGCGGUGAUAUUUCUCAUUGAUUUGAGGAUAAUUAAGCUGCUUUGGAACGGAUGCAAAAGGGAUGCUAUUGCAGCGACAGUUACGUUCUUGGUUAGCGUAAUUUUCGGUGUCGAAGUGGGACUUCUAAUCGGCGCCAUAUUUAAUUUAAUUUACAUUAUUCGGCCGUCGGCGAGACCGCAGAUUGAAAUGAUCGAAUGCAAGACACAGCUUGGAAACAAAUACAUAAUGCUCAAACCAGACAGCGGUCUCUUUUAUCCAGCCGCGAACUACUUUUGCAAUAAAAUUGUUGGAAUCGCUAACAAGUACGCUGAAAACAAUAUACCCAUUAUCGUUAACUGCGAACGAAUACGAAACAUCGAUUACACCUCCAUUAAGAGCAUCGAAGUGUUAUCGAGAAACAUGAACGCAGAAAAAAAGAGGCUGUGGUUCCUGAACGUUCAUCCGGACACGUUCGAAAGUAUUGGAAGCCUUGCGAAUAGCAAAAACUUUUCUUUCAUCCACGACGAGGACAACAUUCCCGAGAUCUUUUACGACGGGACAUUCACGGGCAAUGCAGAAGAAGGUAAAGAGAAACUUUUGGAAAAUUCAUUGGCAAAUGCAACGUUCACAAGUGUUAAGGACAAUGAAAAAUCCACUGAAACGUUCGAUAAAAUUGUGACAAAGCUUGAAGAUGGUGCUGAAGAAACCGCUUUCACAUUAUCACCGUCGUCGAAAACAUAA